AUGAAUAAAGCAGCAAAAGUAGCUUCAACAAUGUUAGUAUCAAAAAAUAAUUUGGUGUUCAAAAAUGGAAAAUUUUUAAAUUCUCUUUUGCCAAUACUUAGAGAUGAAUUAUCAAAAUAUUUAACUACAGAUUUGGAUGAAUCUUCUGCUUUAUUGAGCCAACAAAGAAUUUGUAGAAUUUUUGAUUAUAAUGUGGCUGGUGGGAAAUUUGCGAGGAGUAAUUUGGCUAUGCAGAAUUUUACGGUUUUUUAAUUUAAAA